GUUUUCUACCUGCAUCAAACUAAAUUCCACAAUUCUAUUUCUCGUAAUUCUUGUAAUUCUUCAUAGCUGAGAUAUGGAUCCAGUCACAGCACCGUCGAGCACCACCCCAUUCCGAUCCAGUGAGCAAGAAGAAGAACACCACGAGAAGAAGCCUGUGUUGAAGAAAGUUAUGGACAAGGUGAAGAAGAUAAAGAAAGUCAUCAGGAAGAAAACCCCCGGCCAUGGCAACGGAGGCGACGACGAUGAUCAUGCCCAGCGCGGCGACUUGGAUGAAGGGGACGAGGAAUUUGAGGAGGAGGAGGAGAUAAAUACAGACCCCGCAAUCCAUGGUUUCCCAACUGCUGGUGUUAAUGAGAAUCAAGCCAAGCCCAGGUUUGAUCCAGAAACAAACAGGGGAUUUGAACAGACUCGAGAAUAUGAGAGUCCAGCUACUGGUUUGAGAACUGGAGCAAAUGAAAUUUCGGGAGGAAAAGUUGCAGAGAGAGGUGGUAAUGGGUUGGGUUUGAUGACGGAGAAGUUUGUUGGGGAUUUAGCCCUUCCCGGGACUGAAGCUGAAGCGAAUUCGGGAAUUGAACAGAGUCGAGCUUAUGAGAGUCCAGCUACAGGUUUGAGAUCUACAGCCGACGAGCUGAGAGGAGGUGGAGGAGAAGGUGCUGAGGGAGGCGAUAGUUUGGGUGUGAUCAAGGAAGACUCUGUUGAGGAUCCAGCCCUGCAACUGAAUGAGAAUCCAGUUACAGGUGCCAGAACUGGAGCAAAUGAAGUGAGGAGAGGAGGAGAAGCUGCUACAGGAGUUGACAAUGGCUUUGGUUUGAAUACGAAGGAUUUUGUUCAGGACCCAGCCGAGCCCAGGACAGAUGAUGAACUAAAUACGAGAACUGAACAGGGUCGAGUAAAUUUGAGCCCAAAAACUGGUUCGAGAGCUGGAUUGAAUGACUUGUCUGGAGGAGUAGCAGAAAGUGCUGAGGGAGUUGGCGAUGAUUUGGGUGUGAUCAACAUGGAGUUGGUUGAGGAUCCAGCUGCGCCCAAAACCGAAGCUGAACUGAACUCCCAAAAAGAACAGAGCCGAGGUGGAGAAGAGAUGGAGGUUUCGCCGGAGCUUAGCCGGUCCCUGGAGGCCAUGGCCCUUUCCACUCAAAACGACGGAGGAGAAACAGAGCUUUCGAAAGACAAAAGCAGCAGCUACACCGGCAUGGUCUCUUCGGCAGCAUCGAAGGUGUAUGAGAAAAUGGCCGAUGCAGGGUCGGCGGUGAUCUCAAAGGUGAAACCUGGUGCUAGAAAAGAGGGAGGCCAUAAUGAAGCGCCGGAGAAGCAGAGUGGAGAAGAGGUUGACGUGUCGCCGGAGCUCAGCCGCUCCAUGGAGGCCUUGACUGUCUCCUCCAAAAACGACGGAGGGGAAACAAAGCUUCCCAAAGACCAAAACAGCAGCUACACCGGAAUGAUUUCGUCGGCAGCAUCCACGGUGUACGGAAAAAUGGCCGAUGCAGGGACGGCGGUGAUCUCAAAGGUGAAACCUGAUAGCAGAAACGAGGAAAGUGCAGACGAAGCGGUAGAGAAAAAGGUUGGAGAAAAGGAUGAGGAAUCGCCGGAGCUCAGCCGCUCCCUGGAGGCGACGACUGUCUCCUCCCAUAACGACGGAGGAGAAACACAGCUUCCCAAAGACAAAAACAGCAGCUACACCGGCAUGGUCACUUCGGCAGCAUCCAAGGUGUACGAAAAAAUGGCCGAUGCAGGGACGGCGGUGAUUUCGAAGGUGAAACCUGAUGCUAGAAAUGCAGGAGGAGAAGAUAAAGCGGUGGAGAAACAGGGUGGAACAGAGGUUGACGUGUCGCCAGAGCUCAGCCGCUCGCCGGAGGGGCUGACCAUCUCCUCGCAAAACGACAGAGGAGAAACAGAGCCUCUCAAAGACCAAAACAGCAGCUACACCGGCAUGGUCUCAUCGGCAGCUUCCAAGGUGUAUGGAAUAGUGUCCGAUGCAGGGACGGCGGUGAUUUCCAAGGUCAAGCCCGAUGCUAAAAAGGAAGGCGAAGAUGAAGCGGUGGAGAAACAGGGUAAGGGGAUUUCAAUUAAGGAUUACAUUACAGAGAAACUGACACCAGGAGAGGACGAGAAGGCUCUUUCAGAGUUGAUAACGGAGGCCGGACAGAAAAGGAAGAAUGAGGCAGUGGAGUUACCGCCGCCGGUGAAAACGGGCUCCGAUGAUGCUGGAAGUGGGGUGGGCGUGGUGGGGAGGAUAAGAGAGACUGUUACUUCUUUUCUCGGCGGUGGUGGCGGUUCUCCCAAGUCUCCGGCCACGGAAGCCCAAAGGAAAGUGAUAGAGGAGGACGGUGGUUUCCAUGGUCGACCAGCUGAAGCAAUCAGCCAGGAGAAAAGAUCUAGUGAGGAGCUGCCAACUUCGUUUCACUGAUGAAACCAGGACAGAUUCACAGAAUGCUACGUUGGAGAAUGCACAGUUGUUUUCCUUUUUUUGGGGUUUACUUGUUUGUUCUUAGGGGAUUGGAUUUCGCAUUUAUUUAUUUCCAUUGUUCUGGUUGACCUGUUUGAUUCGCGUAGCCGUUAUGAAAUGAUGUGUAUUUUACUUUAGAUAAAUAA